CACACACACAGUCUCUCACACACACACCUCAGACCACAGCCGACCAGCUCAUGAACAGCAGCAUCACUCUGCACAAACCCUCCACAGACAAGCUGAAGGAUGAAGCUGCUGGUGUGGCUCGGCGUUCUCCUCUGUGUCUUCGCCUCUGAUCUGAGUGAGGCCAGAGUCAUCCCCGAAGGAGUUCCCUACGAUGAGCCCCCAGCGGUUCCCUACUGGCCCUACUCCACCUCCGACUUCUGGAACUACAUCGAAUACUUCAGAUCCAUCGGCGCCUACAACCAGAUCAACGAGAUGGCCCGGGCCUUCUUUGCCCACCAGCACCUGGGAGACACGCUGGGCUACGAGACCAACGCGGGCCACGAACACUGAAGGGGCGGAUGAAGCAGAAAAAGGACAGAGCCGGAGAUGAGAUCACCAAAGAAAAUACAAAAAGGAAUGCAUUUAAUCACUUUAACCGGAGGGACAGAUUAUGAGGGAAAUGAGGGGAAAAAGAGGAAGUGCAUACAGAGUUCUUUCUCAAAGUUUGUAGCAGGGUCUAUAUACUUAUAGAAUAUGCAGUUAGCACAAAUAGUCUUGUAGUAUUUUACUAUAUCUUCAUAUA